AUUGUUGUCGGAGCGAAGUCUGCGUCGUCUCGCGAGUGAGUUAUGGCACCGGCAAUGUCAUCGCGGAUCGCGAUACGGGAGAUCGGGUUUACUUUGAUCCUGCUGCUCGUGUUAUCCGCGCAGGCGGUGGACUAUGAAUUCCACAGACACGACGAGAUAUCAGUGAAUUCGAACGACAACAUAAUCUUGACGAGCCGCGACUUUCUCGAGCAGCUGAAUUUCGUGGCACCAAAAGAGAGUUACACAUUGCAAGAAGCCACGGAGCACUUGCUGUAUUUCGGUGCACUCCUGCGAGCGCGAAUAGUCGACACCUUCGGCAGCCUCCUGUACAAUUAUUAUGAUGACUUCAAUGUUGCGGAAGUGGAUGCGUUGCACAAGAUAUAUUGGAAGAUCCACGAGCGACAGUACGACGUAUUCGACCUAAUCCCCAGUGUCCUGAGGAACCAGGAUACGAGACCGUCCAGGAUCUGUACCGAGAUCUACAAACACACCAGGGAAUCCUGUCUGAGGAGUAGCGCCAGCAUCUGCCGCAGAAUCAGAAAGCAGCACGAUCUCCCGCAUCCCGAUGAUCACAACACAGCUGCGUUGAAUAUCACGUACCACGUGUAUCAUUCGUCCAAGAUAUCGCAGCAAUAUCCCAGAGGUUUCUCUCUGGCGACAUUGCUGAGACUCUUGCAGCGAGAAGUGCUGGUAAUCACGCCCAAUCUACUCUCUGGACUUUUAUAUAAUGUGAGAUACGAUAACUACGACGACAACGUUCGCCUCGCCGAGAGGGAACUUGUACGACACUUUCGUGAAAUCUCGGAGACCACCGUCGAAAUUUCAGUGUCGACGGUGGAGCUGAGGAAGUUCCAUACUAUGAAUUCUUUCCUUAAGUACUAUGUCGGUAUAUACGCUGAAAAAUCUUCGGACAACGAUCUGAAAAAGUACGCGUUUCUGAUUGCGAAAAGAAUCGCCGACGACGUUGGCAUGAUCGACGAGAAUAUCCACUUGCUAGGUAACGUCUACGAAAAUCAGGCGAUCCACGUUGAAUACCUCUUCGAUCUUGUGCUGCCUGAUGAUUUAAUUGAGAAAGACAUCAUCGAGGCUAAGAAAUACCUAGUGAGAAAAUUAAACAAAUUCAACGUGGUGGAAAAGUAUCUCAAAGUGCAGAAGUAUCAGCAGGCCACUCCCGCUCAGCUAAUGAUGGAGAUCACCGGACAGCUGAUAGACAUCGACUUCGCCAAAAAUAUCGCGAUAUCUCUGCGGAUGCACGCGAAAUUCUGGCACAAGAGUCGCAUGAUCGAAAGCCUCGACGAGCUGCUGGAACUGUUCGAUGCCUAUGAGAAUUUGCGGCAAGUGCCGCGCUAUUUCCACAUAAUGGAGAAGAUCGAUGGAAUAAAAGAAAGUUUGCAGAAUAUGAAGGACGUCCCCGUUGAGAUUCUCUGUAAUGUUCCGCGAGCUUGUCUGCGAAUAGGUCUAAAACUGAUUUUACAUUGUAAAUUGAUAAAUUCUCUAAUCAAAGAUUCCAUCAAAGACUUUCUGGAGAUGAGUGAUGAGUGCGUGGACACUCCGAUACCGGAUUCAAGACGCUCGGUAGAGAUCCCGUUUAAGAUAUCAAAAAAACGUUUUAGCACAACACUGCUAACUCCAGGCCUAACAGGCGAAACUACGUUUCAACGCAGUACAAUCUAUCGUAAAUUCCAAACGACUACAGAGUCUGUUAAAUCUACCAAAACUACAAAGGCUCCAAGAAGGUCCAAGGAUGAACCUUCGGAAUUUUCGACUACGACGAUGACAACUGUGUUGACGACUACGACCGAACCCACGGUGCCAACCUCAACUAUGGCCAUAACCACUACGACAGCUGCGACAACUACAUCAUUACCUACAACAAUUACGACGUUACCCACGACAACUACGACUUUGCCUGUUACAGAAUUACCUACGACUACGUUGCCAACUACAACUACAACAUUAUCUACAACCACGACAAUGUUGCCAACAACUACAACAUUGCCUACGACUACCACAACAUUGCCUACGACUACCACAGCAGUGCCUACGACUACCACAGAAGUGCCUACGACUACUACAACAUUACCUACAACUACCACAGCAGUGCCUACGACUACCACAGCAGUACCUACGACUACCACAGAAGUGCCUACGACUACCACAACGUUGCCCACAACGAUCAGUACAACUACCCCUACAACUGUGCCCACAACGAUCAGUACAACAUUGCCUACAACAACUCCCACAACGACGACCAUGACGACAACCACGACAUCACCUACAAUGGAGAUACCGAUUGUGAAUACCAACGUGGUAAUAGCACUGAAUCGUUCGAAGAUCGUAACAAAAGUUUUCACGCCACGCGUUAACUUCGGAAUUUCGACGAAGACCUUGAUAAUACCAACCGCAACACCUGUCCCCGCCUGCGAAACGGCUGAUUGCAUUACUGAACAAAGUACAACUAGCAAAUAUGUCGAAACGACGCCUACUCUGCUCUCGACGACGCAAUCUCCAACGACGACGCCGACGAUGCAGACUUCCACUCUUGAAACUACUGAGCCACCGCAUCAAAGCUUAACCACGGACUCUACAGUUUCAACAACGGAAUUGAUCGAAACGCCGACUACGAAAGGCUGCGCGCAGAUCUGCUUAGAAAAAUGCGAAUUCAACGUCGAAACAUCGGGGAAGUCCUGUGAAACAAGUUGCGACUCCGUGACGGAAGACUGCAACGAGGACAAUCCUCCGAGGACGAGCUCUCAGGAAUGUGACAAGAGUUGCGAGUGCGAUACCAAAGAAAAGAGCGGCGAGUGCAUGACCUUGUGUCCUCCGAACGACGCGGAGAGCUUAUCCUGCGAGAAUGGCGACUGCAUGACAGUGCCGCCGUUGAGUAUAAAACUUGAACGUCCGCGAAUACGCAGCAUGUGCGAGAUCCCGAAUCUCCAUCAUCGUCGUCAGUUGAAACGGCUGGCGAAGAUGCGGGCGAUCAGCGCCAACGCUGCGAUCGCGACGUCACACGUCGAUGUCUCUAGAUCGAGGACGUCGCAUCAUCGAGACCAAAUUGCGACCAAGAAGCGGUACAAAAUGGUAGACGCCGAAAUACCUUAUUCCAAAAGCAAGAAGGUAACGGAAUACUUGCAGCAAAAAUCUCUUCAUGGCAGGCUGAGCGGGAACAAAGACAGAGAACAAAGGCGUCGCAAGGAACGGGAGCAAAUCUACAGGUUGAAGAAGCGGCUGACGAAAAAACUCAGCGGAAAACUGACCCAUAAAACAACGAUGCAUCGUACGAGAGGGAUCGUUGAUCCAUUUCGUCAUAGUCAGAUUAAAAGGAUAUCCGAGAGAGGCGUGAAAUUAAUCAACGCGUAAAAGGCCGAGACGAGAUCAGAGUUUAUUGAUUUAAAAUUACGUCUUUUAGCAAAUAAUGUUAUUAUAGCUGUUAUGUAAUUAUAUGGCCGUCACACUUCAUGUGCUGCGUUUAGCGUACUUUCCGUCCAUUUAAUCGGGUCAGAGGCGAAAAAUAUCGUGGAACGUAACGGGAGAAGAUAAUUAUAUUGGAGACAAGAACGUUUAUCGAAUUCGGCUAAACGAUUACUCGAUCCGGAGAUUUGAUUUAGUAACUGUCUAUAUUUAAUCGGACCGUCGCGAGACUCGUAUGAAUUAUAAAUUAUUUCUUCGAUGCUUUCUCAAAGGGCGUCGUUGACGUCGCAACAUUGAUCAAUUAGAGUCACGUUAAUAAGAUCUCUUAUCAGCGUUUCCAGCAAUGAAUUUAUAUUACAAGCAGCUAAAGUAUUUUGGAACGUUUAAA